GAAAGAAAGCCGGACGGAUACGAAACCACAGCGAUCGGAAGAGUGCCCCCGCUGCUUCCGGUCCUAGAUUCCGAGCCAGCGCCCUUGCCGGGCGGGAGGUGAAGUGACGCUGCUGCCAGAAGAUGGCGGCGACGGAGACUCUCGCUUCGUCAACCACCGCCACGGCGUCGGCGUCGGCCUCGGCCGCAGCGACCGCCACUGCGGCGGCUCUCGGGGAGGUGGAGGAUGAAGGACUCCUGGCAUCGCUGUUCCGGGACCGCUUCCCCGAGACCCAGUGGCGGGAGCGGCCCGACGUGGGCCGCUACCUCCGGGAGUUGAGCGGCUCCGGGCUGGAGCGGCUGAGGCGCGAGCCCGAGCGCUUGGCGGAGGAGCGGGCGCAGCUGCUGCAGCAGACGCGCGACUUGGCCUUCGCCAAUUAUAAGACCUUCAUCCGCGGCGCCGAGUGCACCGAGCGCAUCCACCGCCUCUUUGGCGACGUGGAGGCGUCGCUCGGCCGCCUGCUCGACCGCUUGCCCAGCUUCCAGCAGAGCUGCAGAAACUUUGUGAAAGAGGCUGAAGAGAUCAGUUCCAACCGCCGGAUGAACACCCUGACCCUAAACCGGCACACAGAAAUCCUGGAAAUCCUGGAGAUCCCCCAGCUCAUGGACACUUGUGUCCGGAACAGCUACUAUGAAGAGGCCCUGGAGCUUGCGGCCUACGUACGCCGACUGGAAAGGAAAUACUCCUCCAUCCCUGUCAUCCAGGGCAUUGUGAAUGAAGUGCGCCAGUCCAUGCAGCUGAUGUUGAGCCAGCUGAUCCAGCAACUGAGGACCAAUAUCCAGCUCCCUGCCUGCCUCCGUGUCAUUGGCUUCCUGCGGCGCAUGGAUAUCUUCACUGAGGCUGAGUUGAGGGUGAAGUUUCUUCAGGCCCGAGAUGCUUGGCUCCGUUCCAUCCUGACUGCCAUCCCCAAUGAUGAUCCCUAUUUCCACAUCACAAAAACCAUUGAGGCUUGCCGUGUCCAUCUGUUUGAUAUCAUCACCCAGUACCGCGCCAUAUUCUCAGAUGAGGACCCAUUGUUGCCGCCUGCCAUGGGUGAGCACACUGUGAACGAGAGCGCCAUCUUCCAUGGCUGGGUGCUACAGAGGGUCUCGCAGUUCCUGCAGGUGCUGGAGACCGACCUUAACCGGGGGAUAGGUGGCCGCCUAGACUCUCUGCUGGGUCAGUGCAUGUACUUUGGGCUGUCCUUCAGCCGGGUGGGGGCUGAUUUCCGGGGCCAGUUGGCUCCUGUUUUCCAGCAGGUGGCCAUCAGCACUUUCCAGAAAGCAAUUCAGGAAGCAGUGGAAAAGUUCCAGGAUGAAAUGAAUUCCUACACCCUCAUCUCCGCUCCAGCCAUCCUGGGCAGCAGUAACCUGCCUGCUGCUGUGCCAGUCACUCAGCCAGGGACCUUGCAGCCACCGAUGGUACUCUUAGAUUUCCCACCCCUUGCCUGCUUCCUGAACAGUAUUCUGGUUGCCUUCAAUGAUCUGCGCCUCUGCUGCCCUGUGGCCCUGGCACAGGAUGUGACUGGGGCCCUGGAGAAUGCCCUUGCCAAGGUAACUAAUAUAAUCCUGGCCUUCCAUCGUGCAGAAGAGGCUGCUUUCAGCAGUGGGGAGCAAGAGCUCUUCAUCCAGUUCUGCACCGUCUUCGUGGAAGACCUUGUUCCAUAUUUAAAUCGCUGUCUCCAAGUCCUUUUUCCACCAGCUCAGAUAGCACAGACCUUAGGCAUCCCUCCCACUCAGCUCUCCAAGUACGGCAACCUUGGGCAUGUGAACAUCGACGUCGUCCAGGAGCCUCUCGCCUUCAUCCUGCCGAAGAGAGAGCUGGUCCUGUGUCUAGACGAAAAGGAGCUGGUGCCCGAGCUCCCAGCUCCAGCACCGGAAGUCCCCCCCGAGGAGUCAGGGCUGGACCCCAGAGGGGAGCAGGUGGUGUGGCAGGCGAGUGGAUGGGCAGCCCGUAUCAUCCAGCAUGAGAUGGACCACUUGCAGGGCUGCCUGUUCAUCGACAAAAUGGACAGCAAGACAUUUACAAACAUCCACUGGAUGGAGGUGAAUGAUUAGUUUUCCUGCUGCACCUGAGGAUUCUGGAAACCAAAACACAAACACCUGGGCUCUGAGCUGGGACUGGCUUGCUUGACGUCAACUUGAUAUUGGCUUGGCUCUGACAGAAAACAAUGGAUUGCCAAACCAAACUGGAGAAAUAUGUUCAAAAUGUUUGCCCUGAAACCGGCCAUGGACAAAAUACUACCUCCAACUUGAGAAGAAAAUAAAUUUCUCCAAAGAGAGAACAUUUCCUGAUGAUUUUGUAUGGUAAAACGUGAGGCAAAAUAAAUAACCACUCUUAGUAGACAUGAUUUCAUAGACCUGUAUAAUCUAUCCCAACGCCAAGAUUUGAUAAUAACAUAGUCCCAAAAUAUCUGAAAGCUUUGCUUAAAAAUGCAGGUUAAGGCUGUGGUUGACCAUCUUCACAGAGUUCUUUUUACAAAGGGCUUGUGUAUCACACCUGCGGAAUCCUUCUUUGCCUUGGACACCAGUGUGCGUGUGUAAGUGAAACAGGAUGGCCACAGUUCACAGAAGUGUUUAAUGACAAUAUUAACGUAAAUGAGUACCCACACAUUUUACCAGGUUUACACAGUUUUGAUCUCCACCUUCUGCCUUCUACCUUUAGCAGAUUUGGGGAUGAUUUUCCUGCUGAGAUCUCUUGGGCAGCUGGUACUCUUUGGGUGGAGGUCAUGGAGCAUGGCUAGGGGAAGGAUGAUAGUUGAGACGGAGCAAUGAACCUCUUCCUGUCACAGUUAGAAAGCAAAAUGUGCUUCCUGGUCACCACACUUGUUUUGAAAAAAUAAAUCAGCAUCACGUUGACCAAUGAGUAGCCAUAAGACACGGUAAAAGCUUUGUCAGGAGGUGAAGGAACUUGUUUCUCAAGAUACUGGUUUUGCCUCAUUUUUAUGUUGAGUGUUUUACAAGGCAGGUACCCUUACCAAACAGAGCCCUCAAAAUCCAAGUACCCAUGUAGUAAGUCCAGUAAGUUAUUUAGAAAAAAACGUGUUUUAUUUAAUGUUUGUUUCUUUAUUUUGAGAGACAGUGUGAGCUGGGUGAAGAGGAGAAGGAGGAGGGGCAGAGAAAGGAGGAGAGAGAGAGAAUCCCAAGCAGGCUCCACGCUGUCAGUGCAGAGCCCAACAUGGGGCUUGACCUCACAAACCAUGAGAUCAUGGCCUGAGCCGAAACCAAGAGUCAAACACUUAACCCGCUGAGUCACGCAGGUGCCCCAGAAAACAACAUGUUUUAAACAGCAGCUAGCUAAACAAACCCAGGAAAGAUCCACUCUCCUGUACGGCUUUCUCUAAACAGGCCGUCUGGGGGUCAUACUAUGAGGCCAAGCAAAAGGGAACUGGCUCUCUGUGCAUUAAACUUUGGAAGGGAACAGGUGCCAGCAUUGCUCCAAGGUUAGAUACUCAGCCCCUGGGGAAGUCUAUAGAAAACUCUUAUUCAUACUAAAAACAUGGAUCCUUAUGAAAUUAGAAUUCAAUGAGCCUCCACUCUCUUGGACAGUGUUUAUAACCUCCUGCAGGGUGGCAUCAGAAUAUUCUAAAAAUUUUUUUAAUGUUUAUUUAUUUCUGAGACAGACAGAGACAGAGCAUGAACGGGGGAGAGUCAGAGAAGGAGACACAGAAUCUGAAGCAGGCUCCAGGCUCUGAGCUGACAGCACAGAGCCUGACGCGGGGCUUGGACUCACAGACUGUGAGAUCAUGACCUGAGCCGAAGUCGGAAGCUCAACCAACUGAGCUACCCAGGUGCCCCAGGCAUCAGAAUAUUCUAAUGUUUCCUUACACCUUACAGUGCUCUGAGGUUAACAGUUCUUACUGAUGCCUUUGUAAUGUAGGUCUGUAACAUUUGACUGAAGCUUCCUGACUUGGGGGCCCAAGAGUAUAUGGUAGCUCAGAGUGGACCUUAGAGAAAGCUUGAAACUGUCUAUAUUGCUGACAACUUGAAGUUUACUAUUGUAACCAAAUCCACUUAGAGGAAGGAUCUGUUCAACUAAAUACUGUAGACCAAAGGCAACAAAUCUGGAUUUGUAAUAAAAUCUCUCCCAUCUCAGGCAGAUACAUCAGCCAGCAAUCAGCAUCUUGAGCUAAGGAAAGUUUUAGAGGUCAACUACCAAAGUGAAAGCCAAGGUAGACAGAAGGUUUAGGAUAGAAUUCCCAAGUAGGGAAGAGGGAAUUUCACGGUUAGCAUUUAGGGGAGGAAAUUCCUCUGCACAUAUUAGCCAUGUUUAACAUAGAUGGUGAAGCCACCGCAUCGGUUCAGCCCCAAAUGUGAAUAGGACAUUCGUCACCCUGCUCCGAGUCACUGGUGGUGGAGACAGGAAUGGAGAGGCAUGGCGUGCUGUGAUGAGCCACAGCAGCCCCAGUUUCCGUUAACCCCUGUGAGUUGUCAAGGUGUUUAAGCAGUAGAAAGGAAGAUUAAAAAAUAAAGUGAGGAGCUCCUGAUUCAAGUAAAGGUGACUGGAGGCAGAAUAAGAAAACACAAAAGGCUAAAAGGAAACCGCACAAGCAGAGGCAGUGUCCUAUGCUGGCUUCUAGUCCAGCACUUACAAACAGUAAUUGGUGGCUGAGGCAGCAGGUUAUCGAGGCAGGGCUAACGCACCCAAGUGGAGAGGAGCGCUUGGGCCCGAGCCUUCAAGGAACCCAUCAAAAGCUGGCUCAAUUCAGCAGCCAUUCCUAACCAAAUCAAAGAACACCACAGUGGCAAGGCUAACGUGAUCUAAGGUGGGCCACGUAAUCCAUUCUGGGCAAUUCGGGUUUUACUAAGAUAUAGAACAAUAAUACCGGCUUCUUGAGGGGGAGGAGGGCUGGAACAACCCGAUGCCGGGCCUUCUGUAUGUUCACAUGCGCGUGGUCAAAAUGCGACAGCCUCCUCGACGGACGGCAUUUCUAGAGCUGCCCGCUCUGGAGCCUCGGGCGUCUCAUGAUCAGGAGUCACAAAUCCAAAUGGCCACAGGGGCUGGGCAGGCAACGCAAGGGAAAGAAGCAGUCCAUGUGGGGAUGGCUGCGCCGGACAGCGUGUUCUCCUCCUGAACAGCGCAGCCCCUGCUCGGCUGCGGCUGACAGGAUGUCUCACGGGGACGCAGGCCCAGAGUUGCCCGAUGUCCCCAAAGCCAGAACUCUGAAUUUCCACAUCAACUCUCUUGCUUUUUCAAUGCUGGCAGCAGACCAAAGCAAACACAGCUGCAGGCCGUGUCUGGCCCACAGGCCCCCGGUUUGCAGGGAGAACUGUCCAGGUCCCACAUUUGCAAGGCCUUAAGGCGAAAAAGUUCUGGCCGACCUGACCGGAGAACAGGCUGCGGAACUGUGACAGCUGGCAAUGCCCUCCUCUGCUGACGAGAAGAGCACGGAGAGAAAACCAGAGGGUCUUUCUACUGGAAGCAAGCGUGGCCUUCAAGAAGCCCCAGACAGGAAUCAAAGAUGAGAUCACUCAGGUGGCUCAAGAGGGAAAAGGAUUUAUUAGCCCAUUUCCAGGGCGGGGUGCCAGGGGCAGUGGCUGGGUUCAGCGUUCUCACAUUCAGAGGGAAGAGAAGGCAGCAGUGAAACCCUACCUGACUGCCCUCACUCAUUCUGAUCUACAUAGCUUUGUGCUCACACAAACCAUCCUCUCCUCCUGCAGGGAGGACACGGGGCCGGGGAUGCUGACGUAGGGGUUGGGAAUGGCUUGGCUUUACUCUCAACCUUUACAGGCAGGGCUUGGGCUGGCGACCUAGGGCAUUCGCCAUUGUGUACACAAGGAGUAAAACUUGGGUUAGAAGGAAAGGGCGGAGGGAGCUGGCAAGCCAUUCUGACGGUCUGCACCAGUCCCACAGUGUGGGCUGCUCCUACUCCUUGACGCUUCUGGGAGAUUUUAACUUUAUUUAUAAAGAAGACAAAAAUCCAAGCAGCAUUAAUUUAGGGGAACAAAGAAA